GGCGAGACCUCGAAUGUUCGUUACCCCUUACAGCCCCACACCGAAAGGAAUGGGAGACUUGAAGUCCUGACCGGUGUUUUCGAAUCACCCGGGGCCAUGGGCCAUUCUGCGACGUCCUUUUACGUCCUUAUAGUAUUCAUCGAAUGUAUGUACUUAUCAUUAUGAAUGUUCAACAGCAGGUUCAAGUGAAGGCGAUGUCGCCGCCUCGAUAUAGGGUCAAUACUCUCACCUCGUGCCUGCCAAGGAGGUAAAAGACAACCUCUCUUUUCCUCAUGAAAUGUGGCUGCACAAGUAAUUCGUGAAUCAUUCCCUGAUCCAUCGCCAAACUUGAGACCUCAGGUCUCAAAAUGCAUUCCUGUCUACCCCGCUACGCGAGACAGUACCAGUCCCUUUGUUUGGUGCAGUGAUAGGGGUGACAUGUAGACCCGUCUCAGGACUUUUGUUUUUAAACUGCGAACCAUAUACACGUCAACAUUUCUGUCGUCCCUUCCUCCCCCCAACACCGCCCUCGCAGACCAUGGCCACCAGUUGCACUUCCUCUGCGACUGAGACCCUCUACACAGUGACCACCUCGACGAGCUUGAGCACUACGUACACGACGACAACCAGUGUCAUUCAGGGUGAUGCCACUCCUUCGACCUCGUGUACAACGUCUGCUGGGGCGACAGGGACCCCCCCUUCGGUUACCUGCGUCACAAUAACAGGUCAACCAGCACCACGGACCACUGUGAUACAGGUUCCUGUAGUCACAACAAUUUCAGUCAUCGGGACUGGAGUCACCACAUUGUAUGGCUCGUCCUGCCGUGCUGUUGAUGAAGGUCGGGGCGGGGGCGGAGGCGGAGGUGGGGGUGGAGGUGGAGGUGGGGGUGGGGGUGAACGUACUCCCUAUACCCCCCCACCCGUCACUCCGACCAUUAUCACCACCCAGACCAUUACGACUCUUCCUGAUGGUCAAAUCUCUACCGCUACCAUCACCUCCACGACGACACCCUCGCCUUCUCCCACCACCUCAGCCUCGAAUACUGGGGGUUCGAGCGCACCAAGUCCGAAGAGGAACAAUCUAGGUCCUAUUGUGGGUGGCGUAGUGGGUGGCAUCGGCGUUUUAGCUAUCAUCCUCGCAAUCUGGUACAUCAUAAAACGUCGUCGAAGAUGGGACGACAUUUUUGAGAAGGAUAUUGACACAGCACCACCAACUGUCUCCGAAUCAAAGCCUGCCACCAGCAGUCGCCCAGCUAGUUAUGGACCUCCUAGCAUGCACGCUAUGAAUUCACAACCCACGAGUCCUGUUGGCCCUGUAUCGCGGGGGGGGGCGACACAAUACAAUGAAACCCUGAAUCAGGGUCCCUAUAUGGUUCAUCACAACUCGCCUCCGCGCACCCGCCCUAUGAGCAUGGCAAGUCACCCCUACACACAAGGUGUCACCGCAGUGGCUGCUGCUCAGAACCGCCGUGUCUCUUCUCAAUCACCUCCUCAAAGCAUGUACCACCCACAAUCUCCCCCCAUGCCGAAUCCGAGACGGGAACCGAGCGACUACUUCGAAGGUGGUUUCGCUCCUUCUCGAGGUAGUUCAAGCCAUGGAACUACUAGCAGACCGAUGAGUUCCGUGUCGGGUGCUUCUAGUGGUGCUCUUCUCAUGAAUCACGGUCAAGGAUCUCCUACCUCUCCACCUUCGAGCGUCAGCGGCACAACUAACAGCAAUACUCGGUAUAGUCGGAAUCAGAAGACAGGCGAACUUACGAUUCAUAAUGCGGUAGAAGGGGAUGAUGCGAUUGGGGGAGGGGUUGGGACGAGUGGACAGGCAACCCCAGGCCCUAGUCGCCCGGAUGCCGACGCUCCGCCCGCAUAUCGGGAGUAAGGUGGUUGUGGUUUUUACUUGCAUUUUUUCUUUUUCUUUGGGUUUUUUGGGUUGGUAGAUAGAGAUCGAUACAGCGUCUCGAAAAGUUUGCUUAUUCACGUCACGGCGUCCCAGUUCCUCAUGAUCAGCAUCAUCAUCCAUCUUCUCACUCCCAUGAUUCUGCAAGCAUAGGUAUACGAUUGUAUGAAUACCGCUAUACUAGUUAAAGAACGACAUGUUAAUACACAAACCGCGAGUUCCGAGUCAAUGCUAGCUAUGACGGAACGCUCUUGUCCCUUUUCCGGCUUGACAUACCGUCUCAACCUUGAAUCUUUACACAUGCCCA